AUGUCUACAACAAGAAAAGAACCAUUAGCAAUUGAAGAGUUAAUUGCUAAGAAGAAGGAAUUGGAAGAAGCAGAAACAAAGCCAAAAUUUUUAACACGUGCUGAACGUGAAGCUUUAGCAUUGAAGAAGCGUGAAGAACAAGUGGCAAAACAACGAGAAGCUCAAAAAGCACUACUUGAAAAACGAAAAGCAUUUAUUCAAGAUGCUAAGAGAACAGAAAAAGAGCGUGAUCGGGAACGUGAGAAGGAACGCAAAGAUCGCGAACGCGAGCGUGAACGUGAGCGUGAACGUGAAAAAGACACGGAGCGUGAUAAGGAUCGUGAACGAGGUCGUAGAAGUCGCAGUCGUGAUCGAGAAGGUCGAAGAAGUAGAAGUCGAGAAAGGAGAAGUCGCAGUCGUGAAAGACGAAGUCGAAGUCGUGAACGACGUAGUCGUAGUCGUGAGAAGCGCCAAGAUGCGGAAAAAAUUGAUCGUAAUGGGGAAGUGAAAGAUGAAAGAGAAACCGACAAAGAUUUGGAGAAGCUUAAUGAAGCUAUCCGCCAACGUUAUCUUGGAGGACAACGAGAGAAACGAAAACGUGGUCGUCGUUUGCAUGAGCGAAAGUUCAUUUUUGAUUGGGAUGCUGGCGAAGACACAUCAAACGACUACAACAAAUUAUACCAAAAUAGACAUGAAGUACAAUUUUUUGGUCGAGGAUCCAUAGCUGGGAUGGAUGUUAAUGCUCAAAAGAAGCAAAAAUCGGAAUUUUAUGCGAAUUUAAUGGAAAAACGACGAACCAAAGAAGAGAAACAGCAAGAAGAAUUACGAUUGGCUGGUGUAAAGAAGAAAGAGAAGAAAGAAGCAUUUGAUAAUAGACAUUGGACUCAAAAAAGCUUAGAUCAAAUGACAGAACGUGAUUGGCGUAUAUUCCGGGAAGAUUUCAAUAUUUCGAUUAAAGGUGGUCGUGUUCCGAAACCGCUGCGUAAUUGGGAGGAAGCAGGUCUACCAGCAGAAGUUUUUGAUGUUAUUAUGAAAAUUGGUUAUAAGGAGCCAACGCCAAUUCAACGACAGGCAAUUCCAAUCGGCUUGCAAAACAGAGAUAUAAUUGGCGUAGCGGAAACUGGAUCUGGAAAAACGGCUGCCUUUUUAAUACCGCUUCUUGUAUGGAUAACAUCAAUACCAAAAUUUCAUGGUAACGAUGAUCAAGAUACGGGACCUUAUGCUAUUAUCAUGGCACCAACACGUGAGUUAGCACAACAAAUUGAGGAGGAAACGGUUAAAUUUGGGCAGUUGCUUGGUAUUCGAACAGUUUCAGUAAUUGGUGGUGCUUCACGAGAAGAGCAGGGUCUAAAACUUCGUCUUGGUGUUGAGGUGGUUAUUGCUACACCAGGUCGUUUGUUAGAUGUUUUGGAAAAUCGUUAUUUAUCAUUGGAUCAGUGCACUUAUGUUAUUUUGGAUGAAGCUGAUCGAAUGUUGGAUAUGGGUUUUGAACCGGAAGUACAGAAAGUUCUUGAAUAUAUUCCGGUGACGAAUCUCAAACCUGACACGGAAGAGGCAGAAAAGGAAGAAUCCAUAAUGGAAAAUUUCUAUUCGAAAAAGAAAUAUCGUCAGACCGUUAUGUUUACUGCAACAAUGAGCCCAGCAAUUGAGCGAUUAGCUCGAGCAUACCUUCGACGCCCGGCUGUUGUAUACAUUGGUUCUAUUGGAAGGCCAACAGAACGCGUUGAACAAAUCGUUUAUAUGAUUGGUGAAGAAAGUAAACGCAAGAAACUUGUUGAAUUGAUCUCAUCUGAUGCAUUUGAACCGCCUAUUAUCAUUUUUGUCAAUCAGAAACGAGGAGCAGAUAUGUUGGCUAAAGGCCUUACAAAAUUGGGCUUUCAACCUUGUGUUUUACAUGGUGGUAAAGGUCAAGAUGCUCGUGAAUAUUCGUUGGCAGCACUCAAAGAUGGAACGAAAGAUAUUUUAGUGGCAACAGAUGUUGCUGGACGUGGUAUUGAUAUCAAAGAUGUUUCCUUGGUUCUCAAUUAUGAUAUGGCGAAGUCAAUUGAAGAUUAUACUCACCGAAUUGGUCGAACAGGACGUGCCGGAAAGCAUGGUAAAGCGAUAACAUUUUUGACACCUGAAGAUAAGGAAGUCUUCUACGAUUUGAAGCAAUGCCUUCUAGAGAGUCCAGUAUCAACUUGUCCACCGGAAUUAGCUAAUCAUCCGGAGGCUCAACAUAAGCCGGGUACAUAUGUUCCCAAGAAACGACAGGAAGAAACACUAUUUCGUAAUUAA